AGUUUUAAACUAGCGAGUAGAUAGAAGGCAAACAUUGUUUGGACAACCUCUCAUUCGUGUGGUUGCAUUCGGCCUGAAUUAUUGCUUUUUCGUUCUGGAAUUCGAUGUGAUAAACGUUUAGGUUUCGUGCUUUUUUUCGAGCUGCAAGUUGAGGUCUGCUUGUUUUGAGGGAGUUGUGCCUGGGUGGAUACUAUCACAAUGGAGUGCUGUAUGUCUGAAGAAGCUAAAGAACAGAAACGAAUCAACCAGGAAAUCGAAAAGCAGCUGAAGAAGGAUAAAAGCAAUGCAAGAAGAGAACUCAAACUGUUACUGCUUGGCUGUGGAGAGUCUGGAAAAUCGACAUUCAUCAAACAGAUGAGAAUUAUCCACGGUUCCGGUUACUCUGACGAAGAUAAAAAAGGUUUCUGUAAACUGAUCUACCAAAACGUGUUCAUGUCCAUACAAUCGAUGAUCAAGGGAAUGGAGCAACUAGGCAUCGAGUACAAUGAUUCAUCCAAUGGAGAGAAUGCCGAACUAAUUAAAGGCGAAGAUUUUGAAAUGGUGAUGACAUUGGAGGCCCAAUUCUCCGAUGCUAUUAUGUCGUUGUGGAGUGAUACAGGAAUACAGGCGUGUUACGAUAGGCGUCGUGAGUACCAGUUGACGGAUUCAGCGAAAUAUUAUCUCGAUGACAUGGCACGCAUCCGAACUGAUGACUAUCUACCAACCGAACAAGACAUUCUACGAGCUCGUCAACCUACCACGGGAAUCAUUGAGUAUCCUUUCGAUUUGGACGGUAUAGUUUUCCGUAUGGUUGAUGUGGGCGGCCAGAGAUCCGAAAGACGUAAAUGGAUUCAUUGUUUCGAGAAUGUGACUUCGAUUAUUUUCUUGGCUGUACUUAGUGAAUACGACAUGAUGUUGUUCGAAACGAAUGAGAAUCGAAUGAACGAAUCGCUGGCAUUGUUCAGGACUAUCGUUACAUAUCCAUGGUUUGCCAAUUCCUCGAUCAUUCUUUUCAUGAACAAAAAGGAUUUGUUGGAAGAGAAAAUCAUGACUUCUCAUCUGGUCGAUUAUUUUCCCGAUUUUGAUGGCCCGAAACAAGAUCAUGCAUCGGCCAAGGACUACAUUCUAAAAAAGUUUUUAAACGAAAACCCGGAUCCGGACAAAACCUGCUACUCCCACUUCACCACUGCCACCGAUACGGAAAAUAUUAAGCUUGUGUUCUGCGCCGUCAAGGACACGAUUAUGCAGAAUGCACUCAAGGAAUUUAACUUGGCCUAAAUUGAAAAGCGAAACCUUCUUUUGUUGAAAUUAUACGUGCAAAGUGAAGGCUAAACCCGAUCAAUGUGCGACCUUUCGGAUAGUUUCAAACAAAACGAAAAAGAAAUGAGAAAUGAGAACUGUGUGCUGCUUCAAGGUGAAUUUUAUAAUGUUUUUAUUCCACACACACAAAAAUAAGAACCGUGAAACUUCGGCGAUCCUAUUAAAUGCUUUAUUUUUAACGCG